CCCCGCUAUUAUUACCGUUGCUUGUUCCAGUCGCGUCACCCGCACACUGAUAACGCGUUAAUCCCAACGUCUAAUAAAGAAGCGGUUUGGCUGAACGAGAGCAUUAUUGUGUCGGCAUUGCUAAACAUCCAGCACCAUGUCGCGAAGACCGCCGAGGGGAGAGUAUAUUGAGACGGACACGGGCAACAAGGUGGCGCGCAAGGCCACGCUUGUCGGCACCCAGAACAUCAUGCUCGGCGGCAAGACGGUCAUCCAACCCGAAGUCAUGAUCCGGGGCGACCUCAUCCGAACCAUCCAGGCAUCUUCCCAGUCCGCGAGCGGCGCGCCCCCGAACAACACUGCAGUCUCGAUCGGCCGGUACUGCUUCCUGAGCCGGGGUUCCUGUCUGCGUCCGCCAGGGCGGUUAUACAAGGGAACAUUCACAUACAUGCCCCUGCGAAUAGGCGACCACGUCUUCGUUGGCCCCGGGUCCGUCAUCCAGGCGGCAUCGGUGGGCAGCCACGUGCACAUCGGCGCCAACGUGGUGGUCGGCGAGUUCGCGAUCAUCAAGGACUACGUGCGCAUUCUCGACGGCACCGUCGUGCCCCCGAACAUGGUCAUACCGAGCCUCAGCAUCGUCGCGGGCCAGCCGGCGCGGCUCAUCGGUGAGGUGCCCGAGGGCGGACACGAGGCGUUCGAGCUGCGCGACCUGUAUAAGACGGUCGGGAAUCAUCCGCAGCCGGCGCCUUCAUGAAGUGGUGGAGAUGCAGGAGAGAGAGAGAGUCAUAUCGAUCUAUGAA